AUUUCUGACAAUUCACGGCACAUCCAGACAAUUUAUCCGGCCGGUACUCUGCCCCCAAAUGCUCGCCUCCAUCUCUCGAUCCCUCAGUCGCCGCCGCCCGCACCUACCGCUUGCCGUCGCCGCCGCAACAGCAGCCAUGUCGUCGUCCGACACCAGCGCAAACGUCUCCGACCGUCCGAUCUCCCCGGACACCACGCGCAUAGCAUGGGUCGGGACGGGCGUGAUGGGCCAGUCCAUGGCCGGCCACCUGCUCGCCGCCGGCUACGCGCUCACCGUUUACAACCGCACGCCCUCCAAGGCCCAGGGCCUCGUCUCCAGCGGCGCUCGCCUCGCGGACAGCCCGCGGGCCGCCGCGGCUUCCGCCGAUGUUAUCUUCCUCAUGGUGGGCUUUCCCUCCGACGUCCGCACCACGACCCUCGACCCCUCCACCGGCGCCCUCGCCGGCCUCGCCCCAGGCGGCGUCCUCGUCGACAUGACCACCUCCGACCCCAUCCUCGCCGCCGAGAUAGCCGCAGCCGCGGCGGGCAACGGCUGCGCAGCGAUCGACGCCCCCGUAUCAGGCGGCGACCGCGGGGCCCGCAACGCCUGCCUCUCGAUCUUCGCCGGCGGCGACGCGGGCAUCGUGGCCCGCCUCGCGCCCCUCUUCAAGCUGAUGGGCACCGCGCUGUACAUGGGCGGGCCGGGCGCGGGGCAGCGCGCGAAGCUGGGCAACCAGAUCGCCAUCGCGUCCACCAUGGUGGGCCUCGUGGAAGGCAUGGUGUACGCGCACAAGGCCGGGCUGGACGUGGGCAGGUGGCUGGAGGCCAUCUCCAGUGGCGCGGCGGGGUCCAAGUCGCUGGAGCUGUACGGGAAGCGGAUGCUGGAGCGCGACAUGGCGGCCGGGUUCUACGUCCGGCACUUCGUCAAGGACCUCGGGAUCUGCCUGUCGGAAUGCCAGACCAUGGGGCUGGCGCUGCCGGGGCUCGCACUCGCCCACCAGCUCUACGUGUCGCUGCUCGCCCAUGGCGAGGGCGGGCUUGGCACGCAGGCGCUGAUACUUGCCAUUGAGCGUCUCAACAACACUUGCCUUGAGAAGAAAGGGGAGUGAAUCGAGUGAUUUGGUGAUGCGACCUGAGAAUGUUGGUGAUGUUUCAGUUGUUCACUUGGUAUAUCAAUCUGUCUACACUUUACAGUGGCUAAUGGUUCAAAUAAGAUUGGAAGACCGGACUGUUCCCUUGCAUUGACGAUACUCAAAUUUUUGGCAGUCAACCUGUAAGGAAUGUCUAUCAACCCUGGCAAUCAAACUAGCAUAUUCAAGCUUAAUUUUAAGCGUGGUCAUGGUUAGUUUUUUUUGGAGUUCGCUGUGAUAUGUGUGUGCUGCCUCAAAUCGCACAUCCCUACAAUAUCAGACUGACGCUGUAAAUGACGAGACCUCUAUUGCACAAGUGAAA